AUCGAAACCUUAAUUUGGCUUCCUCCUCCCUCAUAAAUGAUAGCGCUGUCACCGCAUUUAAAGUACAAAACACAAAAUCCGCCGUUAGUUAGAGUUUGGUCCCUUUUAGUUUCCGUAGAAAAAAAAUGGCGGCGCCCACAGCCAGGUGGAACGCAUGUACCCAGGGCCAUAACGAUCCACAUGCGAUCGGUGUUUAAUUUUCCCUCGUGGAUGGACUCACAGACUACCUCUGCACCACGGGGGUCGGCCCCCGAUAUCACCUCCUCCAUGGAGACCCCCGGGGCCCCUGAUAUCCCCUCCACCAGGGAGACCCCCGGGGCCCCAGAUAUCCCCUCCUCCAUGGAGACCCCCGGGGCCCCAGAUAUCCCCUCCUCCAUGGAGACCCCCGGGGCCCCUGAUAUCCCCUCCUCCAUGGAGACCCCCGGGGCCCCUGAUAUCCCCUCCACCAGGGAGACCCCCGGGGCCCCAGAUAUCCCCUCCUCCAUGGAGACCCCCGGGGCCCCUGAUAUCCCCUCCUCCAUGGAGACCCCCGGGGCCCCUGAUAUCCCCUCCUCCAUGGAGACCCCCGGGGCCCCUGAUAUCCCCUCCUCCAUGGAGACCCCCGGGGACUCUGGGGAUCCGUUCUCACGGUGGAAGUUGCUGGCUUUACGCAAGGUGGAUGUUAGUAAGAAGGGAAGCGUGGAUCCAGAUAUCGCGGACACCGUUCGAUUUAUCAACCUGCGAGAUUCUUUCUUUACCACCAGCUCAUGCUCGGGCAGAAUUAUCCUGCUGGAUGAGGUUACCUUCCCUGCAGCCCCAGUAAACUGUGUACCCCACUGACCUGGCAUCGCACCCCCAUACGCUGUACCCCACUGACCUGGCAUCGCACCCCCAUACGCUGUACCCCAGUGACCUGGCAUCGCACCCCCAUACGCUGUACCCCACUGACCUGGCAUCGCACCCCCAUACUCUGUACCCCACUGACCUGGCAUCGCACCCCCAUACACUGUACCCCACUGACCUGGCAUCGCACACCUAUACGCUGUACCCCACUGACCUGGCAUCGCAGCCCAAAUAAACUGUGUACCCCACUGACCUGGCAUCGCAGCCCUAUACUCUCUCUACCCCACUGACCUGGCAUCGCAUCCCUAUACUCUCUGUACCCCACUGGCCUGGCAUCGCACCCCUAUACUCUCUGUACCCCAAUGACCUGGCAUCGCAGCCCUAUACUCUCUGUACCCCACUGACCUUUGCUCGCAGCCCUAUACUCUCUGUACCCCACUGACCUGGCAUCGCACCCCUAUACUCUCUGUACCCCACUGACCUGGCAUCGCAGCCCUAUACUCUCUGUACCCCACUGACCUGGCAUCGCACCCCUAUACUCUCUGCACCCCACUGACCUGGCAUCGCACCCCUAUACUCUCUGUACCCCACUGACCUGGCAUCGCACCCCUAUACUCUCUGUACCCCACUGACCUGGCAUCGCACCCCUAUACUCUCUGUACCCCACUGACCUGGCAUCGCACCCCUAUACUCUCUGUACCCCACUCACCUGGCACCUCACCCCAAUAAUCUUUGUACCCCACUCACCAGGCAAUUCACCCCAAUAAUCUUUGUACCCCACUCACCAGGCAAUUCACCCCAUUAACCCCUUAAGGACACUUGACAUGUGUGACAUGUCACGAUUCCCUUUUUUUCGAGAAGUUUGGUCCUUAAGAGGUUAAUCCCUGUACGUCACUCUCAUUGCACCACUCCCCAAUAAUCUCUGUACCCCAAUGACCUGACCCUGCACCCCCAGUCAUAUCUGUAUUUACACCCUGCUCCACUUACCUAGCCCUGCAAUACUAAUAACGUCUGCAUCCCAUUGACAUGGCUUUGUACCCCUGAUAAUCUAAAUAGCCCACUGACCUGGUCUUGUACAUUAAAAUAAAUGUACCCUCAUUGACCUGACCAUGCAAAACUUUAAGUAACCCACUGACCAGUUCCUAUAUGCUUAUUUACUAUGCAACUCUGGUUACUAGUACUCUACCGUAGAUACUAUUAUCAGCCUUAUUGACCACACCAUUUACACUCGGUUGUUGAGGCAACCCUAAAUACUCACCCUGUAACCCAAUCUCUUAUAUGUACAUCUACUGACUUACCCUGUACGCUCAGUUUCUUGUAUAACUUUAGUUAUACACCUUUUACUGCCAUUUACUUAAAAAUACUCAUUUAUUUCUGUAAUUACAUUUACUGGUCAUUUACCCAUUAUUGUUUGUUCCCUGACAAAGCCUUGUAUACAUGACUGCUUCCAUAAUUUGUCUAGAUAAUGGCCUCGAGUCCAGAAUUGUUUAUGUAAUAAGGAUUAAAUGAGUAAUGGUAAAAGUCUUUUCAUUCCACUGCCACUUUCUUUAUCUCUUAGAACCCUGAUAUUUCUACAAUACAGAAAAAGAACUGUUCCUGGCUGUUUGUAACCCAUCAACUCUGUAAGACUGAAGAUGUGGUGAGUCUUGUAAUAUAGUAACACCCUCAAAUUUCGUGAUUGUGAUUUAAUAGUAAGUGGUGGAAGCAAUUUUAUUACCAAUAGUUUUAGAGCUUUUACUAAUACCAACUUGUUUGCAGGUGGAAGGUCUUCAGAAGGCUGUCGGCAAUGCCGUGUUGAAGUUUGAACCGUUUGUUCUUCACGUCCAGUGUCGUUCGUUGGAAGAUGCACAGCUCCUAGUAAGAUGGUUACCCUGCUUUCAUUACAGUGAUUUAUAACAGAAUGGCCAGAAGCCUAAAACUAAAGGGAGUUGUAAGGUAAGUAAACUAAAUCCUUAUUUACCUUACAACUACCAUUAAGUAGAUUAUCUAGUUACACACUGACCUUAAACUUUUUUUUUUAUUUAUUUAUUUUAUUCAUUAUAUAAGUAAUGCAGUAAGAGUCUUGCAAAAAGAAAUAAAGUAAAAGCUACCUAUCUUGUAAGUGUUCCUUGGUGCACUCCAGAUAUAGGCAGACCACUCACACAUCAGGAUGAGACACUCUAGUCAUAAGUGUCUUAUUCUGGGCCUAUGAGAAGUGAUAUUGUCCCAUAAACCUUUUGUUCCGCAGACAUUUAUGGGAAAUAUUUAUUUUACACCCACUUACAGUUCCAGUCAUCACAUAGGUCGAGUGGAAGUGCAUUUUUAAAGGAAGCAUGCAAACCACAGCUGCAAUCCAUUUUAUGUACCCCUGGGUUCACUGUACGGCAAACACCCUUAAGAGAUGAAUGUGGCUCACAGCGGAAUAAGACAAAGUGCUUACUGACCCUUUCAUCUUGGCGACUCCUAAACCUGGAUCUUUUUUUCUACAGAUUUAUAUUUUCUUGAAAUUCAGUUGGCUUUUAAAUAUCUCCCACACUUGAGAGAAGAAUUUGUGUUUUUAAUUCAGCUUAUAAAGCUAGCUGUCAGUUGUUCUCCAAGGUGCAAAGCAUAUUGUGCUAAGAAUGUCCCUGUCUUUUCUAGUUAGUUAUAGAAAGUGACAAAUGCACUACCAUUUUUAGCUGCUAGUACUAGGCCCAUAAAGUAUUGCUUUUCAAAGAUUUAUUGGAUAAACAGCAUACAGGAACAGGCUGUGCCAUCUCAGACAGUCUCUGCAUUUUUGUUCUGAGAAGGCAUUUUUUUAUUUUAUUGGAAUUGCAGGAUUCUGCUGCAGGCAAUAUUUCAAUUUCAUUAAAAAGCAGAAACUGCUGGUUGAAGUGAAUUAUAUAAAAAAAAAAAAAAAAAGGGUGCUGUAUGACCUUAUACUGUAUCCAAUGCCUUCUUGUAUAUAGUUGCGUGGAGUAAUCGUGUAACUAUCUCUCUCUUUCAGCAUAAUGUGUCAAUAAAUUCUGGAUUUAGAAAUUCUGGAAUCACUGUUGGCAAGAAAGGCAGGAUUAUUAUGGUGAGUGCCUUGUUUUACUGUUAACAAUAUUUCAUCUGAACCUGUCGUUGCACAUUUUGUUCUCCAGGAAUAUAUCACUUUUCUUAUUGGCACAAAAUGCUGUGCCUGCAUUAUGGAGCACGUGUUGUUACUUUACUAGUGUGAGAAUAUAUGGUGAAAAAGCCACUAGGGCCUAUCUGCUAUGCUGUGCACAAUUAAUCUAGGCCUAUUGAUUCUUGCAAUGUAUGAAUAAUUAUUGAGAAUUAGUCACCACCUGUAAAAGACCAAUUUUCAUCACAUAGGUUGAAAAAAAUGGCCCCCAGAAACGUACGUGUGUGUGUGUGUGUGUGUGUGUGUGUGUGUAUAUAUAUAUAUAUAUAUAUAUAUAUAUAUAUAUAUAUAUAUAUAUAUAUAUAUAUAUAUAUAUAUAUAUAUAUAUAUAUAUAUAUAUAUACACUGUCCUCCUCCAGAGGUCGAAGAGCAGGAUGACUACACUUGAUAGAUUCUAUAUUUAUCUCAUUUAGACUGUUAACUAAUACAUUAGGAUAUCAUCACUUGAGAUUGAACUAGUUAAUAAAUUAACCCUAUAUGUACAAAGCUUUUAAAAAUAUAUUUCAAGCUGAAUGGAAGAGAUUGACCUGAGUGAAAUUAUAUCCAAAUGAAUAUAAAGUAGUACAAGAAUGUACAGUAUGCAGGGUUAUUUUUCUUCAAGUUUGUCCAUGUGAAUGUAUUAUCUUUCAUUGGCUUCCUGUAUGCUAUAGGAGUCAAUUCAAGGUACUAACUCACACCUAUAAAGCACUGAACAACUCUAGCCCCUCUUAUAUUUCCUCACAGAUCCAUAGGUAUGUCCCUUCUCGGUCUCUCUGCUCUGCCCGUGACCUUCUCCUGUCCGCUGCUUGCACCCAUGCGGCCAACUCGCGCUUGCACGACUUCUCACGGACGGCUCCCUUCCUAUGGAAUAGCCUGCCUGCCGCCAUCAGACUCUCCCCUAGUCUUGCAUCUUUUAAGAAGUGCCUUAAAACCCAUCUCUUUAGGAAAGCUUAUGGCCUCCAAGACUAACCUCUACCUCACAUACCUGUCCCUUGCUCUCUCCUAAAGGGCAGCCCAUCUUAUUUGACUGCAAAAUCCUGUCCUAAUGUGUUUUACACCCCACCUCCUAUAGACUGUAAGCUUGUUUGAGCAGGGUCCUCUUCAACCUAUAGUUCCCAUAAGUUUUUUGCAAUUGUCCUAUUUAUAGUUAAAUCCUCCUCUCAUAAUAUUGUAAAGCGCUACGGAAUCUGUUGGCGCUAUAAAAAUGGCAAUACUAAUAAUCUAUGUUCUCUAAUGUGCAUCAUUUGAUAAUUAUUUGUUGGGUUUCUUAAAGGCUGUCAGAAGCACCCAUUGUUUGGAAGUCCCACUGUGCUUUAAAGGGAAGUGUUUGGUUAGUAAUGAAUAUAUUACACAUGUUGUCCACACUGCAAAUCAAAAGAUGGAAGAAAAUUUUCGUAGAAUUGCAAGGUUGGUAAGCUUAAAUUAUUGUAGAUUUUAUUUGCCCCUUGGUGGUGCUAGUAUACUUAUUUUGCAUGUUCUUUUAUGUGAGUGCCUUGUUAGACUUUUUGCAUGUCUUUUCUGAUUCUAUAACAAACUUUUUACUAAAAAAAAAAAAAAAUCACAUAAAUCUGGGUCACCUAACUUGGUUAAUGUGGGGCAUAAUAUUCCCCUAACAAAAAUUAUACAUUUAAUUUUCUUUUUUUGAAUUGUGCUUGAGUAUGACCGUAAGAACUGUUUUUUUUUUGGGGGGGGGGGGGUUUCGUAGUGUGAAGGAUUCUGUUUGCACUUGCCCUCUAAUAAAACCAUAUUUAACCUUGUACACACAGGUUUCACAGUAGCCUUGUACAUGCAUUACAAAAUAAAGCGAAUACAAGUAACUGCGAGACGCCACCUGCAAGCUCAGUAUACACACGCCGCAGGAGGAGGAACAAAGCAGAAAACCGCAAAUCAGACUGUUCGUCAAAUGUAGAGGAAGAAUGUGACGAUCCUGAGGAAUUAAUAACACUCUAUGAUGCCUGUUGAAAAAACACCAGGACUAAUACUUUUGACUUCCUGAAACAUGUUCACUCUGCAAAAAAAGUGAAGACGUAUUAAUUUACAUAUAUAUAUGUAACCAAACACCUAAAUGGGACCGUGUUUAAUCAUGCAAAUGUUAAUACAGCAAAACUGAAGACUGAAUUUUUAAUUUUUUUAAACAGUUCAGCAUUUCAAUACCUUGACCUUUAUAUUCUUGGGGACCUUCGUCAAAUCAUUGCUAAAAAGCCAAUAUAUUCGGAUUGUCAAUAACACACCUUAGUGUCACAUGUUCUUGCUUUAGCGAAUGUGUAAAUAUAAUUUUCAAUACAGAAUGCUCAAGUGCCAUUGACUGCAAAACAUAAAAUAUUUCUUUUGAUAUUAUCUCCAUCUCCACAUGUUUCUUUUCUUUCAAUUUUACUCCGAAAUGACUAAUGUUUCAGUGCCGAUUUACAUUGUCAUUCACUGAUCCAAAACAGAUUUUCAAAACAGUUUCCAGGACACUCACCCGUCAUUGCUAAAAUCACAUGGGAUCUGGACAGCCGUAACAUCAGAACAAGCAUUGCAUGCAGAGGAACGGGAACCUAUUAGAACUAUUAUAAGUGAUGUUAUCAUGCUUAGAAAUAUGAAUAUCAUAUACAUACAAGCCUAGGACACAUUGUAUUUCAGCAGCUAGUGGGAACAAUUGUGUUUGUAGUAAAGUGGUUAGAAAUUCCAUUAAACAAUGCAGGUUUUUAAUAUAA